GUAAAGUGAGACCGCCCCGGGCCUACUUCUUCCUCCGCAUCAUCGUCGUCGAGUCCACGCGUGGUAGACUAACACCAAAGUGGAGCGUGUACCUUUAAGGCCCGUGACUGACGCCCCCUGUUAAUGCCCCCCCCACCCCACCCCACGCCACCCCACACCACCACACACACACAAGGUAUCCGAACCGAACCAUUCGGGACGAAACGACUUUUCAGCGCGUCCUAGUUUUCCAGUGCUGAGCUGGUGAGCCGUCAGGAUGGGGCCCGGUCAGCUGAUCCGUCCUGCGUCCGCCGCCUCCGUCGCACUUCUCUUUCUCCUGUCAGCGCUAUCUCUGACCUCCGGUUGCAACAAGGCUCUGUGCGCCAGCGACGUCAGCAAGUGCCUCAUCCAGGAGUUGUGCCAGUGUCGCCCCACCGACGGAAACUGCUCAUGCUGCAAGGAGUGCAUGCUGUGCCUGGGCAACCUGUGGGAGGAGUGCUGCGACUGCGUGGGGAUGUGCAACCCGAAGAACUACAGCGACUCUCCGGCCACAUCCAAGAGCACGGUGGAGGAGCUCCACCGGCCCAUCCCGUCGCUCUUCCGCGCCCUCACCGAGGGCGACGCGCCCGUCAACAUGAUGGUGGUCUCAUUCCCCGUGGCCGAGGAGCUGUCCCACCACGAGAACCUGGUCUCCUUCCUGGAGUCCUUGGACGGACCGCACCAGAACGUGUCGGUGCCCGCCAAUAGUAUCCACGCCAGUUAUGAUGCGCAAGAGAGCAUGUGCACCGUGGUGUACUUUGACGACUGCGUGUCCAUCCGGCAGUGCAAAAUGUACUGCGAGUCCAUGGGAGGCUCCAAGUACCGCUGGUUCCACAACGCCUGCUGCCAGUGCAUCGGGCCCGAGUGCGUCGACUACGGCAGCAAAGCUGUCAAGUGCAUGAACUGUCUUUUCUGAAAAGCUCCUGGAACUGCUCCACAGGACUCCAAACCCCUUUUCAUACAGACGUUUCCCCACCUUUCCAUUGUCACUCUAAAAUUGGAUGGACAAAACCAACUCUGCAGUUUUCUUGCCCAUUGGAGCCGUAACGGAGGCAGGACCUCGUGUGAGAAAAUGCCACAAUGCCAUUCUAAUACAUUUGUCCCUUCUCUCGACUUGUGUUGAAAGGAUUUCCCACGUCACAUCAGACACUGAAAAUUUUCCACAUUUGCGAGGUGGCGUCCGAGGCGUAACAGAAGCCAGUUGCCGAUAUUCCGAAAGGGAUUCCGAAACACUCCCCCAACAUGUUAUGUUGAAAGAAGAGCUCGCUGUCUGACAACUAUUUGAUGCAUCUCAUCCGUUUAAUUAUUGGAAAGCGGGAUGACAUAGUACAUGUAAGCCCACACUGGCACUUUAUCUCACAUUUGCCAGGUUCUGUGUAAAAACAAAAGCGCAUCAUUGGGAAAUUUUUUUUUUGCGGGGUUGUAUAUGUGGCAAAGGCAGAUAAAUUAUUUAUCUGUUCAGAGGUCUGGUGCAGGAAUGAUUCCUCUUUGCAUUAAAGUCGAAGCUCCAUAAAUACCUAAUCUUCUGCUACGACUGAGAUGCAGCAGUUUUGCAGGAUCCUGUGCAAAAGGCAAAGCCAGAUGAACGCCGGAUAUUUUGUUACCUCUCAAUGUUGGAAAUGUGCAGGAUCUCUGCGUAAAAGGCAAAGACACGAAUGCCGGAUCCACUGAAGAUUUUACAUGAUUUUUGUGUAAAAGGGAAGAACAGCCUAACCUGCAAUGUUCACGUUCUCUGUGUAUAAGGCAAAGUUAGAUUUCAUUUUGGAUAUACUUUUAAUUGCUCCAAAUUGGGAAUUUUGAAGGAAAAGGUGGAUACAUUGUGGGUUUUCCAAUUAAUCCUCCAAUGCAGGACUUUUGCAGCAAUCUGUGUUAAAGGCAAAGUGAUGAAUACUGGGUAUUUUGUCACAAGUCGAUGCAGGAUCUUGGUGUAAAAAGCAACGGCGGACAGUGGAAAUUUUUUGCGAUUAGUGUGCAACAAUCUCCUGCUGCUUUGCUGGAUUCUACGGAGCCCCUAAUGGGACAUUGAAAAAAAAAACUAACUUGUUUGUCAUUGUAAUGAGUAAGUGUAGAGAAAUGUCUACCUAUGGGUCGUAGCUUAUUUACCUGCUAGCUAGCGAUAGCUUCCUGCUCCGUAGGUUCCUGCUUUCAGGUAGCUGUAAAUGACAACUUGCUUUGUGGGUCUCAACUGAGAGAAAGACAACAGAAGAGGACUUGGUCUCUUUCCUCAAAACAAAGAAUAUACCUGCCAGUGUUAUCGAUCAACUCAAAGAAGAUAAGGUGGGUAUAACUGUAAACUUUUAUCACACGAAUAUAGCAGUAUAUGCUUCCUUUCCGCUUGCUCGGCUAAAAUUAUUGACAUUAAAGACUUCAAAAUUAUUUUUAAAUGUCUCUCAGACACGACAUAAUGGUGACUACUCGCUAGCAAAGCAGCAAUGUCUUCAUAAUAAAGUCCCAGAUGAAACUACAAGCGAACUAACUCCUGCAUUGUCAUUGCUGCGUACAAAUGCAAACUGAAACGAAUAAGGGUCUUUUAUACAUGCAUACAUACAAUGGACUAGUUACACAUUACAAUGAGAAACUUACUCAUUACAAUGAGAAACAAGUUGGGGUUUUUUUUCUCAAUGUCCCUUUAGGGGCUCCCUAGUAUUCUGUGUAAAAGGUGGAUCCUUUUAUUUUUUUGUAUUAGCCCCGAUGCACAUUUCGUAAUCCUCUUUGUAAACUUGCCCUUCAUCAAAGUUUUUACUCUGCUGUUGUGCUCCACUGUAUAUUUUCUGAUGGGUUUUCAAUCGUGUUUUUUUUUUUUUUAACUCAAAGUGUACGUGAUACUAGGGUUAGGGCUGAUGAUGUCCAAUGUAUGUUUUUUUUUUUGUUUGUUUUUUGUUUUUUUUUUUAUACAUUCACCAGUCUUCCCACUUCUCACACCGAAAUAAAACCUUUUGGUGACGUGGACUACCAAAGGCCAUCGCUGUUGGGGAAACUUUGCUCCUGGCCGCAGAGUGUGUAUGCGUGUGUGUGCAUGCGCGUUAAUGUUAGGCUUGUGACAGGAAACACAUCAUUUCCUGCACAAACAAGGCUGUCAUUAUGUUAUUCUGGUCCAGUUUGUGGCUCUACAGGUGUUCCACAGGCAGUGAAAAGGAGAAAGUUUCUCUGUGCCAAUCGCCCCACAAACAUUCUUUUGUUGUAGGCAGCAGGGCUGCUGCGUCCAGGCCAGAGGAUUCCAGUUCAGGGUAGGGUGAGUCGGUUGGGGGGGGGGAUACAUUUAAAUUCUCUAUGUAUAUAACCGCCCGAAAUAGUCUGCAAUUUUUUUUUCUU